AGAUAUGCCUUCGCCACUGCUCAUGUACAUGGAGAAAUCUACAGAAGAAGAGGCCUCUUGACCUCGGAGGGUAAGGAAAUUAAAAACAAAAAAGAAAUUUUAGACCUCUUAAAGGCAUUGUUCCUCCCGCAUCAGCUCAGCAUCAUACAUUGUCCGGGGCACCAAAAAGAUGACUCUGUCGUAGCACGGGGAAAUCGGCUGGCUGAUCUAACAGCCCGGACAGUCGCCUUACAAUCCCCAAGGGGCGACCAGCUGUUGGUCUUGCAGGACCAACAGCCAAGUAGAGACCCCAUGUCUUACAGCCCGGAGGACCAGGAACUAGCAAAGAAAAUGGGGGCGAAAUGGAGCCCCGAGCGACAAGCUUAUAUAAUGGAUGACAAAUUAGUUAUGCCAACCUCCCAUACCAAAUACAUGCUCAAGUUCCUCCACGUGUUAACCCAUUUGAGCAAAAACAAGAUGAGGGCCCUUCUGGCUGAUGAGGCUUCGGACACUGUAUUAUUGAAUCAGGAACAGGUCCUCCAACAGGAGACUUCCAGCUGCCCUGCUUGUGCCCAAGUUAAUCCAGGAAAAGCCCAUCUGAGCAGAGGGAGCCACCUGCGAGGUCACCGCCCUGGAGUCCAUUGGGAACUUGACUUCACCGAGGUAAAACCCGGACUAUAUGGAUAUAAAUACCUUCUGAUUUUUGUAGACACAUUUUCAGGGUGGAUGGAGAUCUUCCCUACCAAGAAGGAGACCGCUAACGUGGUAACCAAGAAGCUCCUAGAAGAAAUUUUUCCCAGCCCUACCCUAGAGGUACACCUCCAAGCCCUCCAGCUGGUGCAAAAGACGGUGUGGAAACCCCUGGCGGAUGCCUACCAGGAGCAACUGAAUCGCCCGGUGGUGCCUCACCCAUUCAAGAUUGGGGACUCUGUCUGGGUCCGACGCCAUCAAUCCAAGAACCUAGAGCCGAGGUUGACGGGAUAGCGGCUUGGGUCCACGCGUCGCAUGU